AUGUCUCAACAAGCACCAUACGUCACCCUUGAUGUCUUCACCUCCGAACGCUUCAAAGGCAACCCCCUCGCAGUAGUCGACAUCAGCAACAUCAAUCUAACCCACCAACGCAAACAGCAAAUUGCUCGCGAAUUCAACUUCUCCGAGACGGUCUUUCUGCACCAUGAACCAGGCCAGAAUCCCCGGGCGGAGAUCUUCACCCCCGUGAAUGAGAUGGAAUUCGCCGGCCAUCCUGUCAUCGGGACUGGCCAUCUUCUAUUUAAGGAUAUUUUUGCUGGACAGAAGAGUCUGACGCUGGAGACCAAGGCUGGGCCGGUGGAGAUUGAGUAUGAUGGGCAGAAGGUUGUGUCUGCGGGUGUUCCGCAUAAUAUCCAUGUCCAUGAGAGGGAAGCACCGGUUGCUGCGCUUGCGAGUGUUCAGGAUGUAUUGAGUGCUUCUGAUAUCAAUGGGACAUAUCCUACCGUGUCGAUUGUCAAGGGAGUCACAUACGUCCUGGCUGAUCUGACAGAGCGACCGGAUGUUUUCUCCAACAUUGCAGCUGGUGCAAGUCCAACCGUCGAUCUGGAUGACGGCUGGAGCCCAUCAUUCGUGGGAACCAUGUACUAUCGUCAGCUUGAGUCUCGCACAGAGGGAGAUCCAGCUAUCUGGAAUCUCCGCGUCAGAAUGAUUGCCAUCAACUUGGAAGAUCCAGCAUGUGGCAGUGGAUCGUGUGCAUUGGGUGCGUUCCUCGCUCUACGAAAUGGACAGCAGAAACAUCGGUUUUACAUCGAUCAAGGACUGGAAAUGGGGAGAGACAGCCAUAUCAUCGUGGAUAUCGAGCUGAAUGCGGCCAGGAAUGGAGUGGAGAGAAUCAAACUGGCUGGUCCUGCAGCGUUUGUGGCCGAGGGAAAGAUGUCUGUUGAUUGA